AUGACCAAACAUAACCUCAAGGACCAUUUGACUUGGCUCCUUCGCAGUUCACCAAUUAUCCCACCUCUCCACCACGUUUGUACCCUUCUCGAUGACCGAAACGAUAUUCCUACCCCUCACAUUGUUCAAGAUGGCACCGCCCUUCCAAAGCAGCCUGUAGCUUGCCCAUCGACAGCCUUGAUCUCCUUGGACACAGAACGACCCGGGCGUCAGUGCAACGAGAAUGAUAAUUCGACCGCCUCCAUAGAAGAGAUGGCCAGACUUCAGCUUGCGCCUACAACAGUAAAGCAACCUCGAAUGCUAUCAAGCGCCCAGAAAGCACAAGGAAGGACACCGAGGCAUCUGCCCACACCAACAAAGACACGAUCUGCCGUUGAUGUUGAGACCUCCCCAAUAAAGCACUCUUUCGAGCGUAGAUCCGCAGCCUCCAAUCAUGGAACACGUGCUCAAAAUAACCACAAAAGUACAAAUACACCAUAUAAAGACAGUGUUUUCGACGACUACGAUCCUGUUAUUGAUAUUGACGAGAUAGAUUUGACCGAAAUUCUGGAAGAACAUACUUCUUCAUCUGCUACAAUUGAAGCAUUUGGGGAGCCAAGGAGGCUUUGGAGAGAAGACUCCGCAUCUCGUGUGGAGCCGUUGCAGAAAAGGGGCAAAAAGCGUACCAGUGAUGAGUACAAAGCAGAUCUCCUAUCGCCAAGUCCCCAACGCAAAUUUGACAAGCGAGGGAGAAGUGAACUUCCAGCUAUAGGAUCAAAUGAGCACGGAGUGGAGGCAAAAAGAUUACAUGAUGCUCAUAUAGUGUCUGGCACAAGGCCUGAUCCCACGACUCAAUCACCAGCCCUCCUCAAGGGUAAUCUGGCACGGUUCCCAAACCACAAUUCCAUCCAACACUCUUUGGACGAAGAGCAUGAAAUAACCGAGACGACCAUUCGAACAGAAACACGGAGGUCUCGGUCAUCCGUUGGCGUGCCAUCACUACAACAGCGCAAGACCGAUCCUGGAGCAGAAAUGGCUGUUAUGCUAGCUUCUUCUCGACGAACUUCGCCUAGGAAGUUGCCGCGGAACCACACUGUUCAAGGUCAUCCUAUGAAGAUCAUCAAAGAAUCUGAAAAUGAGGGUACCAGGCAAGGAGCAAUCAAGGACGAGGGUUACCCAUAUCCAGCUCAGAAUCUGAGCCAUCAACGUGAAUCAGAUGUAGCCAUCAUCAUUCCUUCAAGCUCCCCAGUCAAACCGGAGCGGCCACAGAGCUCGAGUCAGGCAAAACUCAGCGAUCCAUCGGACAACCCUGGUCCACGCGCUCUCAAGACGGAGGCUGCAUCCCCAAUACAUAGCUUGCCAACCUUGUUCAUAUCACCAAGGUCACCCAACAAGCUCAAAACCGAACCCGCCCAUGUCAAUAGCUCAAAUCAGAUCCCAUCUACGAAUCAGGCCAUGAAUAAUGGCCAAAUCCGACAAUUCCUUGCCAUGUCCCAUUCGACUGUUGACGAUCUUCUAGCCCAGCUCAGAUCAGCUAAGAAGAAGAUUCAUGAGGUUCGCGUCGCGCAAAUGAUGGAAGACGAGGGAGUUUCGGCAGAAGUCGAAGACCAAGUCAAGAACAUAAAGCAUAUCGUUAAAGCUGUAGAAGAUGUGAUGGCGCUGAAAACCUCGCAUGUGAUGAAAUCUGCGCGGAAGGAAGAAAUCAAAAAAAGGUUGCUGAGCCUUAUGGAUUUAGACCUUGAUGAGCAACAGGACGACGAAAUAUCUGUCCUUCGGAAAGAGGUCCUGACUGUGAACCAGGAUCUCAGAACGAUUGAGCUUGGCAUUUCUGAUUGUCUUAAUAUUUCGGAUGUGUGGAAUCGCCUCCAGUCUCACGGCACCCAUAAAUGCCAGGGAACGAAGGCUCUAGUUCCAGAUCAAGGCCCGACGCCGCAAGAGGUGUUGAUUGCCUCAACCCAAAUGCAUCGUUCAACACCUGGAAUAGUACAAAGACAGCAUAGCCCUCAUCCAGAUUGUUCUCUGAGUUCCGAAUCUGUCUGGCAAACUCCUGCUACCACGAUGCAGUCAUCGCGAAAUAAGGGCCCUUUGGUUCAGAGUACAACUGCAGCUCGAAAAAGUGCUCUCACUGGUUUGCGCCAUGAAUAUCAGAAAUCAAGGCAACAUUUUCCUUCGGAAGAAGUAAUGUCUGUGCAUGGCGCACUUGGGAGGCAGGGUAAUCGAUUUGCUAUGACGAACAGCCCACGACAGACAGCCGCCGAGGCUGAUGAAUUCCCGUUCGAAGAAUUUAAUGAUGAUACCGACUUCAGCCGGCGGAUGGGAAGUCCGUCUAUGCCAGUCUCUCUUGCAGAGGACUUUGACCACGAAGGCGACGAUGAAGAUCUGUUUGAUGCUGCCGAGGAGUUUGAGCAGGGAUUUCCUGUCUCAAAUCCAAGCCCUCAUCGUCGAGGCACAGCGCGGGCGGCGCUGCAAGAGACGAAUGGCAAUGUACAGCGGCAGCGACUCCCUCCUAAGGAGACUCAAGCUAGCACUAAACAGCCGCAAAUGCAAUACCCAUGGUCAAAAGCAGUCAAAACAGCUCUGAGAGAUCGUUUUCACUUGCACGGCUUUCGUCAUAACCAGCUCGAAGCAAUCAAUGCCACGUUGGGAGCUAAGGAUACUUUCGUUCUCAUGCCCACUGGAGGCGGUAAAUCUUUGUGCUACCAGCUUCCAGCAGUCGUCCAAAUUGGGCGCACUCGAGGUGUUACUGUUGUGAUUUCGCCUUUACUGAGUCUAAUGCAGGAUCAGGUAGACGCUUUGCGGAACAAAGGAAUUCAAGCUUGUCUGAUCAAUAGUGAGGUGACGAGCGACCACCGUAGGUUUGUGUUUCAAGCCUUGAAAGGACCAGAUGUGGAGAAGUAUAUUCAGAUCCUCUACAUCACCCCAGAGAUGAUCAAUAAAAGUGGGGCUCUAACUGACAUCUUCCACAACCUCCAUAAACGAGACAGGCUUGCUCGUAUUGUUAUUGACGAAGCACAUUGCGUCAGCCAAUGGGGCCAUGAUUUCAGGCCUGAUUACAAAGCUUUAGGAGAUGUUCGCAGGCAAUUUCCUGGUGUUCCGGUCAUCGCAUUGACAGCAACAGCAACAGAGAACGUCAAGGUUGAUGUGAUCCAUAACCUUGGAAUGGAAGGUUGUGAAGUCUUCACGCAAAGCUUCAACCGGCCUAAUCUCACCUAUGAGGUCAAAGUCAAGGGAAAGGCGAAAGACGCUCUGGAUGACAUCGCCAAAACAAUCAACACGUUGCAUAAAGGUCAAUCGGGUAUUGUCUACUGCUUGUCACGCAAGAAUUGUGAAAAGAUUGCGGAACAAUUGAGCAAGGAAUAUGGAAUCAAGGCUCAAUUCUACCACGCCGGCAUGGAGGUGCAGGACAAACAAGAAGUCCAGAAGCGGUGGCAGGCUGGUCAAUGUAACGUCAUCGUGGCAACUAUUGCUUUUGGUAUGGGUAUCGACAAACCAGAUGUUCGAUUUGUCAUCCAUCAUACCAUUCCGAAGAGUCUUGAGGGAUAUUAUCAGGAGACUGGACGAGCUGGGCGUGACGGUAAGCGGAGUGCAUGCUAUCUAUAUUAUGGAUAUGGAGACACAGCGUCGCUGAAGCGCAUGAUCAAGGACGGCGAAGGCAGCUGGGAGCAAAAAGAGCGGCAAAUGCAGAUGUUACGGGUGGUUGUCCAGUUUUGCGAAAACCGGAGCGAUUGCAGAAGAGUGCAGGUUCUUGCAUACUUCAAUGAGUACUUUGACCGGGAGAAAUGCAACGGCGGCUGCGAUAAUUGCAGCUCAGAAUCCACCUUCGAAAGUCAAGAUUUCACUGACUAUGCAAGACUAGCCAUCAAACUUGUGCGCCGGGUACAAAAGCAGAACGUCACUUUGUUGCAUUGUGUGGAUGUAUUCCGUGGUAGCAAGAGCAAGAAGAUUGCCGAGCUUGAACACGAUCAGCUUGAUGAAUACGGUCUUGGUUCUGAACUUGAAAGAGGGGUUGCUGAACGCCUCUUUCAUCGAUUGCUCAGCGAGGAUGCCCUUGAAGAGAUUAACCGCGUCAACAAAUCAGGAUUCGCAAAUCAGUACAUCAAGCUUGGGCGGAAUUCGAACGACUUCUCGACAGGUCGCCGGCGGGUCAACAUCCAGAUUCGUGUCUCUCCAAAAGGGAAGACCAAGAGCCGAAAUGUCCAGAAGUCGUCAAGUAAGAAGCCAGGCACUGGUGUCAAAGCGGCUGAGGAUGACCAGUACCCGGCAUCAACCUUCGUGUCUUCUCCUCUGCAAACCAUAUCAAGACGUCGUCUCGUUCGGAAAGCCAAUCUGAAAGUGUUAGCCGGAGACUCCAGUGAAGGAGAGGAUGAGGUCCCCGGUUUUGAACCUGUACGGGAUCGAGGUGCUCCGUCAACGGACAAAGAACGGCACCUUGGGCCACCAAUCACAGACGAUGAAAAGCUCGCUCGACUAAACCCAACCCAUCGCCAUGUUCUAGACGACUUUAUGGGUAAUGCCAAAAAGGAGAGCAGUGCGAUCAUGCUACAGAAGGGACUUCGGAACCAGCCAUUCCCUGACAGUAUUCUCCGGGAAAUGGCAAUCAAUUUUCCAUUGACCAGGGAAGAUAUGUUAGAGAUCAACGGGAUUGAGGUAGACAAAGUGGAGCGAUAUGGUACGCGAUUCUUGAAGCUGAUCGUGGAUGCCCAUAACACCUACGAGGCUCUGAUGCGAGCACAAGAGGACACCUUCGAUGACCCUAACCACAGAAACGUCGUCGAGAUUAGCGAUGAUGAUCAGGAAGUUGAACUUGAACUUGAAGAUUCUGACGACCAUGAGUUUUCCGACGAGGAAACGAGUCAGUACUUCCAGCUAGCUCCCGAUGUGGCUGCUUUCAAUGCUCAGAGUAAGGGAUCAUCUGAUUCAAACCGUCCCGCAUGCCUCAUCGAAACGUGUGGGUUCAGCUUCGCAAAAGCAAAACGCCCGAGCUCCCAGAAGCGGCUCAGCCAGCUUUCGAGGGGGGCGAGGUCGAAGAGGAGGUUUCAAUGGAGCAAGAAAAUGGAGCGACAAGUCAGGUGCAAGUGGUGUGAGGAAGAAAAGGGGAUCCAGCAACCGGACAAGUAA